UCGACUCUGAAGAGUUUGAGAAUUUCAUCAAGUCAAGAUCAGCGCCUCCUGAGGAGCCGAGCAUGCAACAACUGUGGCUGGUCGGAACAGCAAGUGCUGUCCCAUUUAUAGGGUUCGGCUUCAUGGACAAUGCCAUCAUGAUUCUUGCAGGCGAGAUUAUUGAGCUGAAGAUUGGGGCCAUCUUCAGCAUAUCAACAAUGGCAGCGGCUGCCAUCGGGAACUUGAUAUCCGACGUUGCCGGAGUUGGGAUGGGAAGUUAUGUGGAGAAGGUUGCAAGGAAGAUCGGUUUUAAGGAGCCGAAUCUCUCACCUGAGCAAAUGGACCUUAGAAGCACACAGAUCGCCAGCAAUGCCGGAGCAGCAUUUGGGGUUUCGUUGGGAUGUUUCCUAGGCAUGUUUCCUCUCCUGUUCUACUCACAUCAUGAUGAUGAUGACAAAUGUAAAUGUGUGGCUGCUGAAGAAGAAUAGGCGAUAUUUAGAGAUUUUUGUUUUUUUCUUUACUACUGUUAAGAUUGUGCUCUCCUACUCUUGAUGAUGAUCUGCUUUUGAAACAA